AUGACAUCCAAUGGCCCGGGUGGAGGGGCAUCAUCGUCAUCCAUGGCCUCGCCGGGCAUCGCCGCGGAUCCGCACGACGGGCCCUAUGUGUUGCAGCCGUGGGUAGACUCGGUGCCCCUGUCGGCCGACGGCUCUCAGGACGGCAUCAAGAUUAACUGCGUCGAGUAUUACGAUGGCAAUCUCUACGUUGGCACUUCGGCCGCCGAGCUUCUACACUUUGUCAGCAUCCCUCCAGAUCCCUCCGACAGGCUCGGCCGGCCGGUUUUUAUCCAAGCCUCGAGGCUCUCGCCGGCCUUUGCCGAGAACACCCCCUCGCGGCCCGGCGUCCAGCAGAUCCUUCUAUUGCCUCGCGUGGGCAAGGCGUGCAUAUUGUGCAAUGGAACAGUCACCUUCUACUCUCUCCCGGAGCUGAGUCCGGUGUUUGGGUCGAAGCAGGUCAAGAACUGUAACUGGAUCGGCGGCGUCGACCUGAACGAGGAGGGGCAGGGUGACGUCGUUGCGAACACGGGCGAGACGGUGACGGUUCUCCUGUCUCUCAACAGGCGAAUCCAGGUUGUGAAAAUCGAUGAAGACGUGCGCGCUGUCAGGAACAUCGAGUUUGCUGGCACCACUCUUUCUGUACGGCGAGACUCCAUAGCAUGCGUGGCCGAUUCCAAGACGUAUGCCCUCAUCGAUGUCAAUCGGCAACUAAAGAUCCCUCUCAUGAACAUUUCAUCAUUGGACGAGAACCCUUCUGCCUCUGCCGAGUUCGGACAUGUUCUCAACAUUGCCAAGGACGCAGGUGUCGGACGGAGUGCCUCUUCGAACCAAACCCGGCCACCGAGCAGUUCGCAGGCCCAUAGCCGAAGUGCCAGCUUGGGGACCGCCGCUACGCCUACGGAUUCAUUGAAGCCCGACUCACAAGGCGCAAGCCCGCGGCUCCCCAUCUCACAAACGCUUUCCCCUCCAGGACAGCCGUCGAGCCCCCAGCCCCCUGAGCACAGUUCGACGCCGCCGCCGCCUACUGAUAAACCCCUACCGGCGCCUCCUCCAUCCUCCAGUCCAGCGCCGCGGCCUGCAGCCGCUUUACUGAAGCCACACAUUACCUCGCCGACGCCCGAAGAGUUCCUUCUGGUCAUGGGCACCACUCCCUCGGAUCCCGGCGUUGGCAUGUUCAUUAAUCUGGACGGCGACCCUACACGACCAACGAUCACGUUUGAUAUAUACCCUGAGCAAGUCGUAAUUGACAGCAGCUCAUCAGACGAAAGUGCCUCCACUGAAGAUGAGGAUGGAUAUGUAUUUGCGUCCAUGACAAAGGAUGUCGAUGGCAUCCCUCACAGUGGAGUAGAAAUCCAAAGCUGGAGUGCCGGUAGUGAGGCACACCCCCAGAAACAGUGGCUAGUAGCCAGUGAUGCAGAGCUUGAAGGGAAGUACGGGAUCCGCACAGUUGCGAGCAGGCAUGAGACUCAAUCCGAGGAGAUUGUCGAGAAACUGAGCCUGAAGAAAUACAUACCAUUUCCAAGCUUGACGGAAUCUGCUCCGACGACAUCCUCGCUCAAGUCCUCGGAUUCUAGAACCGCCCUUUCGAUUGAGCGGCUGGCGAAGGAGCGAGAGCUCUUUGAACGAGACGUUGACUCACAAGAUGGCGAGUCGCUUCCAGAAGGAUGGGAAGCGGCACGGACCGUGGAGGGAGAGGAAUUUGCCCGUCGGCUUUCAAAGUCCAGGACACGCAUCGCUGUAUGGCGUGGCAAUCGCAUAUGGUGGGCCGUCCGGAACCCCUUGAUUGUUCAGCUCGACAAACGGCUAGAGGCUGCCCGCUUGCUACAGCAGAGCGAUGGAAAGGAGCUAGACAAGCGUUCCAUCAUCAUGGUGCUGUCAAGCAUUCGCGACCGUGAGCCAAAGACCGAACUCGAGUUUACUACAUUUGGCUACAUACAACAGAAGGCGGGAGUUCUUCUCCUGAUCAAUUUGCUGCUUUCCUCAUCGGACAGAGAAGUGUCGGAUGAGGAGCUGGCUGCGUUGCAGGAGGUACUCGUGGAAAGCAAACUCGACCCGCGGGUUGUUCUAUCCCUGAUUCCUGGAGUUCGAAAUGAAAUUAUAGAGGGCCGUAAAGGCAUUUGGAUUCAUGGCGGUGUAAAAGAAUCGCCCGAGGCGUUUUUGGCAAGCCCCGAAUUCCUAGAAUUGUCUCAGGGAGGCAUAAGGGGGCUUCAGCUCAAAAUUCUGCAUUUCCUCCGGCGCUAUCUGCAAGCUUGGAGGAAGAUGAAGGGCUUUGGAAGUGUGUCAGUCGAGCCCGAAGUCUUCCGCACUGUUGAUGCAGCAUUGCUUCUGGUCCUGCUGGAGCUUGAUAGGCAUUCCCCCAAGGGCUUGGGAAAGGGAGGCGCUGUCAGGGCAGAGCUGGGUGCUCUGGUAGACGGCGGCAUGGAUUGCUUCGACCGGGCUGUUUCUCUCCUAGAGUCGUACCACAGGUUCUUUGCUUUGAGCAGACUAUACCAAAGCCGCAAGAUGUCUGCUGACGUGCUGGCGACUUGGAAGCGCGUCCUCGAAGGAGAGGAAGACGACGCUCAAGAGCUGAUGGACGGCGAGCAGAGGGUACGGGAGUAUCUCAGCAAACUCAGCAACCAGGCUCUCGUCCAAGAAUACGGUCUCUGGCUGGCCAACAGGAACCCGAAGCUCGGUGUGCAGGUGUUUGCCGACGACAAGGGCAAAUCGCCCAAGUUUGAGCCCACCAGAGCAGUAGAGCUGCUGCGUGCCGAGGCUCCGGGCGCCGUCAAGUAUUAUUUGGAACACCUUGUGUUUGACAAGGGCUACGAAGCCUACGUCAACGAGCUCAUCUCGUACUACUUGGAGAUUGUCAUUGACGACCUGAAGUCGCCCGAGAGCCAGGAGACCGUCAAGGCCGCGUACGCCGCCUACAGGGCCCUGCAAAGCCCAAAGCCGACGUACAGGCACUUUUUGACGGAGAAUGCUCCCGAGGACGACGAAGUCUGGCAAAGCCGGCUUCGGCUGCUGCAACUCCUGGGCGGUCCUCACGAAUACGACAUUGCCGCGAUAAGGGAGCGCAUGGACAAACUAUCGGGCGACCUGCUCGUUCCCGAGACCAUCAUCAUCGCAGGGCGAGAGCGCAAGCACGAAGACGCGCUGCGCCUCCUGGUGCACGAUCUCGGCGACUACGACACCGCCGUCUCGUACUGCCUCCGCGGCGGCGCCACCAUCUACUCGCCCAUUCAGGGCCGGCGCGACAGCAUCCCGGAGGUCGAGCAGCAGCGCCGCCUCUUCCAGGUGGUGCUCAGGGAAUUCCUCGCCAUCAAGGACGUCAGCGACCGCGUCGAGCAGACGAGCGCCCUGCUCGAUCGCUUCAGCGGGUGGUUCGACAUUGACGACGUCCUGGCCCUCAUCCCGGACCGGUGGUCGGUCGACGUCAUUGCCGGGUUCCUCGUGGGCGCCCUACGGAGGCUCGUGCAGGAGAAGAACGAGGCCGUGAUGGUGCGGGCGCUGAGGGCCACGGAGAAUUUGCGGGUGAGCUAUGAUUUGGUUGUCAAGGUUGGGGAGAAGGGGGCUACGGUUGAGGAGGCGCCGACGGAGGAGGUGCAGGAGUAG